AUGCUGUCGUCUUUGAAGACAUUAGCGCCCUUGGGGCUGCUGAUCCCGAAUGUUGUAGCCUCUAGAGAUGAUGAAGGGGACGACGUUCGCUUCAGAGUUGAUAGCACCACAAUCUACGACCCCCAAUGUACGGCCAGUGUGACGGUGUACAACACAACGGUGGUGCAAAAGACACAGUUUAUUGACUACAUCGUCAACAUUACAAAAACCAACACUUGUUACGAGUCUACGACUCUGACGCUCAACUAUACCGUGUCUGUCACCAACACAGACACAGACUUGGUCACUAUCACCAACACCGGCACCGACCUGGUUACCAUCACAAACACCGAUACCGACUCCGUGACCAUCACCAACACCGACACAGACUCUGUCACCAUCACAACGACUGACACAGAUGCUGUCACAAUCACAACAACUGACACAGAUGCCGUAACAAUCACAACGACAGACACAGACGCUGUCACCAUCACCACUACCGAUACAGAUGCCGUUACCAUCACCACUACGGACACUGAUGCAGUCACAAUCACAACAACUGACACCGACUCGACCACCAUCACCAGAACUGUUUACACGACCACCUAUGACCCGUGCCCAAAGUCAUGCUCCAUCUCCGCCGCCAGCGUCCACCUCUACUACUGGCCCACGGACAGGCCGUACACCUACCCAACCACCUAUGUCGACCCCUCGCUGUCCUACACCUUCACCUCUCCCUCGGUCUACAUGUACAUCCCCUCCGCCCAGGGCGUCAACACCCUAGGCGAGCGUGUGGAACCCUCCACAACAAACUGGAUCCUUCCUCUCGACCUCUACGAAGUCUCCACCAUCGCCCGCGGCUCCAACGCCACCAGGCAGCUCACUCUCGCCGACCUGGGAACCAACUGCCCGCAAACCUACAACCCGACCGCCAUCGCCACCAUCCCGAGGGACUGCGACCCCAUGCUUGCAGCCCCCAGCCAAGUCCGAUCCUGGGCCUACCCUUGCAACGCCUGCGGCCGGUUCGGUCUCUUCGACCCCCCCUAUGCAGUCCCGACCACCACUGGACUUCUCGGCCCGUCGACCGUCGUGGUUACCGCCGAGCCGAUCACAGUGACUGCCCCUCCUGUGGUUGAGACUUCUCCCCCUCCACCACCGCCGCCACCCCCCGUGACAACGGGAGCGCUGGUGAUCGAGUACCGCGACGAGGAUGGAAAUAUCGUCUCAGCGACGACGAUUGCCACGACGGGGGCUAGCGGUGGUACAUCGACUAACACUGUUGUCGUUGCGCCCACGAACACGGAUGGUUCAGCUCUCCCCACAGAGACAGGAAUGGUCCCGGAGCCAUCGGGUGGUGAAAGUUCAAACAUUUUUACCAUACUCCCCACGGACACUAUUAUUCCACAGCCGGGAGAGACUGGUUUGCCGACAGCAACGACAGGUGCGCCUGACGAUGAGCCGCCUGUUGAGGUGACGUCGCUGCCUACUACGACGGUGGCGACGGCGGCGGGGAGGAAGCUUGUUGCUUCGGGGUCGCUGUGGUGGGUUAUGCCUAGUGUGGCGGGGAUUUUGUUUUGUUUGUAA